AUGAUGAUGCAAAAUAAAAUUUAUUAUGAAAACGAUCAGGAAGAAAUUCCCAAAAACAUUCGAAGGCGUAAAAAACAACUUUACGAAUUAAUCAGAGAAAGAAUGGAAUUUUAUUUUAGCGAUUCGAAUCUUCAAAAAGACCGCUUUUUAUCACAAUUGAUUAAAGACGAUCCAGAAGUAGAUUUAGAAAUAUUUUUAAAAUUUAAUAAAAUUCAUCAGCUGACUACGAGUUUGCACGAUUUAAAAAAAGCAUUGAAAAAAUCACAAUUUUUAAGUUUAACCGAAGAUAAAUCAAAAGUUUUCAGAAAUACACCUGUUAAAGAAAAACUCAAUGUUGAUGCUUGCACAAUUUAUGUCGAACAAUUAUCCUAUGAUGCUGACCACGAUUGGUUAAAAUUGAUAUUUUCUCGUUAUGGAAAGGUUGAUUAUAUUUCAAUUCCUAAAUACAAAGGCACUGGUAAGAUAAAAGGUUUUGCAUUUGUCGAAUUUGAAACACCAGAAUCAGCCAAAGCAGCUUUAGACGAAUUCGAAAGAGAAGGAUGUUGUUUGACAAAUCACAUGAAUCCAGAAAAAUUAUGUAGCAUAGCAACUUUCGAAGAUGAUAAAUAUGAUAAUAAAAAUUUGAUAAAUAAAAGUCUCAAACCUCAUGUUGUAAAAGUACAAGAAGAUGUAGAUAAUAAAACAAAUUUAAAAAGAAAACAAGAAAAGCCAGAGGAAGAUGAUGGCGAGGAAGAAGAAGAAGAAGAAGGAGAUGAAUUUGAACCAGAAGCGAAAAAAAUUAAAUUCGAUGAAACUGAAAGCGAACAAGAAAAUGAUAAAAAAAUGAAUAAAAACAAGGAAGGAAUAAAUAAGAUAUCGGAAAAUGAUAAUGAUAAAAAAUCAAAUUCUCAGGGAAUUGGGGGUGUGGUUACGAAAAAAAAGAAAAACAGAAAGAAAAAAAAAUCACUCAAAACAAAAUAUUAUAAAGAUAUUAAAAUGUAUGGUUUGCAAAUUUUAUCAAAAACCGAUUGGAAAAGACUGAGAAAUAAAUAUUUAAAUAUUCAAAAGGAAAAAAUGAAAAAACUCAAACAACACUUGUACAAAAAUCAAAUGAAUCAAUUACAAAGACAACAACAGUAUCAGCAACAGCAACAGCAGCAGCAACAACAACAACAGCAACAAUUAGUAAAUAAUCAGGGAUCAGAAUGUCAAACGAAACCUAGAUUUCAAUUUUCAAAAGGUUUAAUUGUAAAAAUUAAUUUAGAUAAACCCAUUAAAGAUGGAAAUCAUCUCAAUCAAUUCAAAGUCGAUGCCAAAUCUUUAGAAAAAGUCGAAUACGUCGAUGUCGGAAUAGGGAGCGACGAAGCUUACGUUAGGUUCGCAGACGAAAAUGCCGUUCGUAAGGUUUUAGAAUCGAAACCUUGGAAUAAUUUCACGGUUUUAAAAGGACGCGAAGAAGAAGAAUAUUGGGAAAAAAUGAAACGCGACAGACUUGAAAAAUUCGAUAAUAAAAAAAAAUUUUCCAAAAAGAGAGGAAGGAAUAAAAUAAUUGACAAAACGGAAAAACUCAUGAGUAAAAGAAUUCGAUUGAGCGUCGACGAAUAA